CUGGGUUAACCUCCAACUGUCAAAUACGUGGCCGCCGUAAGCUGAAGCUGUUUAAUGUUUAUCAUACAUAUAAAAUAAAUUUAUUAUAACAAUAAUCAGGCCUUUCCUUAAAUUGUAACGAUUUGGUAAACAUGGGGUUGUGUAAGUGCCCUAAACGAAGAGUAACUAAUCAGUUUUGUUUCGAACAUCGAGUUUGUGUUUGUGAAAAUUGUAUGGUAACAAAUCAUCCCAUUUGUGUUGUACAGUCAUAUUUGCAAUGGUUACAAGACAGCGAUUUUAACUCUAUUUGUGAACUGUGCAAUAAGGAAUUAAAUGUUGACGACAGUAUACGUUUAACCUGUUACCAUGUUUUCCAUUGGUCUUGCUUGGAUCAUUUUUCAAGGCAAUUACCAGCAACCACGGCCCCCAGAGGAUAUACCUGCCCUUCUUGCAAGAGCCCGCUAUUUCCUCCGUCUAAUUUAAUAAGCCCCGUGGCAGACGUUUUGAAAGAAAAACUUGCUGGUGUUAAUUGGGCAAGGGCUGGUCUCGGAUUACCAUUAUUAUCUGAAGAGAGAGAAGUCAAGGCUGUAGUAAACAAUAUUUCAACGCCAAGAAUGUCACCCAGUCCAUCACAUUCCGUUGUCACCGUGGAUGGUCAUGGAGCAUUUAACAGGACAGACAGCUACCAGGCUUCUUCUAAUCGGAGAAUAUUCCAGGACAUCAGAGACGUGAAAACUGUAGGUUUUGAUCACGACGAGGAUAAAUACAAGAGAAGAUCUGUGUUUGAGAUUAUUGGCAACUGGUGGAAAAUUACUGGUCCUCUAAAAGGAAAACGUGGUAAACCAUCAAUUUAUAGAAGAUACUGCAUGCUUGUAACUCUUAUGAUAUUCGGGGUAAUCUUCUUUCUAUUUAUAAUGUCCAAACUUGGUAGAUAUUCCACAGAAAACGAUCCAAACUUUGACAUAGGUAAUAAUCAAUUUGUUAAUGUACACGAUAAUAUUUAAGUAAAAAAUUUUAACUAUAUACAGAUUAAUCUUACGGUUUUAAAUUUUUAUUAUGUACAGAAUUUGU